AAGCACCUACACAUAUCUUCUCAUGCCAUUCUGACUAAGAGUUUACGCUAUGGCUCCAGAGAGGUAUGACAACAUUUUAGUGAAAAUGUUCUUCUGGGAAUGGAAUAUUUGAUCACAUCAAUAUUUGCUUGUUGUUUUCAAGAUCCAUGACUUGCUGUGCCUGCAGGCCUCGCUUGAGUAAGCUGUGAAUGCAUGCACAGCCUCCUGAGUACUAAGCAGUGGAUGGACACAUGAUCUCACAUGAGUUCUAAGCUAUUCUCUCACCCACAUUAUCGGUGCUAAAGGGAAAUGUACAGCAUCAAUGAGGACUUUGCUAUGAGGCUGUGAAGUGUGUUCAAGCAGCUUCCCACCCUGCUCCCAGUUCUGUCUUACAUGUUCUGCUCCUGAUUCUGCUGAUUAGCACAUAUUAAAGUUUUAACAUCCGAUCCUGGAAUUUCCUCCUUGCUUCAGCAGAAGAGCAAAGCAAAAAACAGUAUGAAGAAUACAUUUCAUUCAAAUGAAUUGUCAUCCAUUGAGCAGAGGCAAAAAUACCAAAAACAUCUUAAGAAGGACAAAAAGACAGCAGAAGACAUCACUGGUGUAGGGAAUUGCUCCCCUCCGUGGAGGCUCAUCUCUAGUGUGCUCUUUGUGGUCUGCCUUCUCCUGAUGGCUGUAGCCAUGGUGAUGACCAUUUUCACCACAAGGUUAUCUUCUGAAAGAUCAUCUUCUAAUAUUCAUCAGGAAGGACUCCAUCAUCCCUGCCCAGAGAACUGGGUUUGGUUCAGGUGCAGCUGUUACUACUUCUCCAAGGAAAAGCUAGUUUGGAGAGAGAGUCAGCGUGCCUGCUUGUCCUUCAAUUCUAGUCUCAUAAGGAUGAACAAAGAGGAGAUGGAUUUCUUCUCUUUGAAGUCUUUCUUUUGGGUUGGAGUUUACUACGAUGAAACCAGCAAACAGUGGCUGUGGGACGACCAUUCAGUUCUACCCAGUGGGAUGUUUUCUGGUCUUGAAUCUAGUCCGAAAAACUUCUGUGCAUCUUAUAAAUCAAAAGAAGCCUAUUUGGCAGAAAACUGUUCAACCAAACUAAUGUACAUUUGCAAGAAGUAGCAUAUAUAAUCCUAUAAGUUCAUAAAAGAUAUGAAAAUUAAAGUCUUAAUUUUUGUCUGGAGUGCUUACUUUAGGAAGGAAAUGUGGCAAAUGGUUACUUUUGCUUAAAUAAAAUUGUAUUCAAAUAUA